GCUCGGGCUUCGGUGCUCUUUCUGUGUCUGCUGAGGACCAGGACUCUCCUGACCACUGACUGAAUCCAGUUUCAAAGCUUUGACUCUUCAGAUCAGAGUCCUUUGAGGAGCGCGAGCGGAGAAGGUUUGCAGGGAUUUAUUCUGCACAACAGACAACAGGCAACAGACGCAAUGCAGCCGGAUAGAAAGGCAGUGGAUGGCGGCCUGCUGCCUGAUGCCAAUGGGACCGAUCCAAACCCGGGCGGACAGACAGAUGGCUCCAAGUGGGAGAAACCACGGCUCACGCGUAAAUCUCUGAUGAAGUGUUGUCUCGUCAAGUGGAUUAUUGCCAGUACCACGCAACAAGGGCCAGACAGCUGUGACGGUGACUUUGAGCUCUCAAUGGUGCGUUACCAGCCAGAGGGCCUCGAUCAGCUCCAAGCCCAGACGCAGUUCACAAGGAAGGAGCUUCAGUCGCUGUACAGAGGCUUCAAAAAUGAAUGUCCCAGUGGGCUAGUGGAUGAAGAAACGUUCAAGACCAUUUACUCACAGUUCUUCCCUCAAGGAGAUGCGACCACGUAUGCACAUUUCUUGUUCAACGCGUUUGACAUGGACCGAAGUGGUUCCAUCCGGUUUGAGGACUUUGUGAUAGGAUUGUCCGUGUUGCUCAGAGGCUCGGUGACAGAGAAACUUCGAUGGGCGUUCAACCUGUACGACAUCAAUAAAGACGGCUACAUUACUAAAGAGGAGAUGAUGGAAAUAAUGACGUCCAUUUAUGAUAUGAUGGGCAGGUGUACCCUGCCCAGUGUACGAGACGACUCUCCCUAUGAGCAUGUGGAGAAAUUCUUUCAGAAAAUGGAUCGAAACCGAGAUGGAGUGGUGACUAUUGAUGAAUUCAUAGAAACCUGCCAAAAGGAUGAAAAUAUAAUGGCUUCCAUGCAGCUCUUUGAGAAUGUCAUCUAGUUCCUGUCGAGGGACGUGGAUCAGGAAUGCUGCAUCGUGCAUCCGGGCCCCAAAUCACUUCAUCCAUCUUGAAAAAGAAAGACACAACUGUAUCGUGCAACACAUUUGACAUUUUAAUACAAACUGGUGAACACUAUUGCUUUUCCUGUCGCACUGUUCUAUGCAGAGGAAUGUGAAGAAUUCACCAAAUCACUGUUUCUUUGCAUGAACACUUUUAGUUUUUGCACAUGAUCAAACCAGCUGAGCAUGAGUGUUUGCCCAUCAUCUAAAAGCAUGUGAUGCAAAACACAUUGAACACAAACACGGGUUUUAUCGCUGGCCACUUUGAAACUUGGGCAGAAUAAUCCUGUUUCUAAGCC